ACAUAGUCAAAACCUUCCGCCAUGGACGACAUCUCCGUACAGAAGAUUCAAAUCUCCGGCACAACCCUUGCUUCCUUGAUCCAGCGUGUUUCCUCCUCCGUCGGCGAUGUCGAUGGUCUACUCUUCGGCCGUGUAACUCACAUAACCCCUUUAACUCUCUCCGACGAUUCUUCCGCUUCCGCCACUGCCACCACCUCCGAUCAAUCAACUCUCAUCGCCACCGUCACCUCAUUCUACUCCUUCACCUCUACAUCCACAUUCUACUCCUCAUCCGGCUACCUCGACACACCAACGCUCAACAACCUUCUCUCCACUUCCUCAUCCUCCGACGAUCGCCUCAUCGGAUGGUUUUCUGGCCGCCGUAAAACUAACCUCCGGCCAUCCAUGAGAGAAAGCUCCGUCACCUCUGCUCUCGCAUCCAAUACCCAGUUCUCCUCCCAAGUCCAAAACUCCCCCAAAUCUCAUACUUUCCCCCCUUGCAUCUUCUUCCUCCUAACGACGCCGUUCCAUGACCAAUUAAUCCACACUCACGAAUACAAAGCUUUCCAGUUCCAAUCAUCAACCGAUUCCUUCGACCCCAAAACCCUAGACGUGGUGAAUUUGGGUCCAGCUUUCCGGGGUCAUUACAGUGAUUUCACACCCAAAUCCCCAUUUCCCGAUCUGCCAUUUGAGGUGAAGGGAUUAAAUUGCGAGUCUAUGGUUGAAGAUUUGGGUAAAAAGGAGAAUGAAAAGUUCGAAAAAUUAUGUGACCAAGGGUUGAAAAUCGAAAGAUUGAAAAAUCUAAUGGGUUUACAGGCAUCUAAUUAUACUGCUGAAUUGGAAGAGCUGUAUAAUUCAAUGCUUAAGAAGUUGAAUGGAUUAGCUAAGCUUGUUGAACAAUCGUCUGCUAGGGUUCUUGAACAGGAAAACCAUAAUAUGAAGUUGAGGUAUAAAGUUGCAGGAUUUGAAUGAUGCUUGAAGAUCAUCAUGUGUUGUUUUUGCUCCUUGAGGGUUAUGGGAAGUGAAGUUGAAACUUGAAACCAGAAGCUGGUUUUGUAAAAUUUUAGUUAUGAAGCAGCUGCUGUGGAUUUGGUUGCUUUGGGGAAAAAGAAAAACGUGGGAUUCAUGAUGUGUAUAAGUAAGUUAUUAUGGAUUGUAUUUAUUUAUAAACCACUAACAAGUUUUCUUUGUGAUUUGAAUUGAAUUUGAAUCUAUUCAAUGUCUCAAAAGAGUCGGAGAUUGGAUGUUAUUUUGUAUUUUUGGAGGGA